ACGUGGCCAGUUGUCCGUCUACAACCUGUUUAUUUUCUGGGUGCACACUCGACGUCUUGCUGGCGCGGAGUUCUAGUACUUCCGUUCGCCGCCGCGGUCGUCGUUCGGUCACCGCGUUUUUGACAAUGCCGUCAAUGUAUAAAUAUUAUACUGCGCGAGUUCAGUUUAGAUUUGUGGAGCGACUGCUCGGGCUAGGCGCGAGUCUUCAUAUCGUCGGUCUGCCGUCGACGCGAGUUUUAAUGCUCUAGUGACUUUAACUACGAUCAUUUAAUACGGUGACAACUGACAAUAUAAAUAUAACUGUAGUUUUUAAAUCUCCAUCAAGUCGCUCGGUCUGUUCGAUAAUUUUAUUUUAACGCAUUUUCGCCGACCAUGAUGAUGGACGACGAAAUUCAAACAUGGUGGGAGAUACCGACUAUUGUACAUUUUUGUAAAGUUUUCACCCUUAUCACUGAAGAUAUCAGUAAAAUAGACAUAAAUGAAUUUGAAAAUGCAAUUGAAGAGAAUUCUUAUUUGUUGACUGAUAUGGCUAUUCGAUUUACCAAAAUGUGUGGUUUUUAUGAUCCAAACACUAAUGAAUGGUGGAAUAUUAUGAAAAAAGAAUUUCAAAGUAAAUGUAUUGUUUACAACUUUAAAUAUUCACUAGAUGCAGCAACAUAUUUUGAUGAUUUAACACGCAAACAAAAAGUUGAAGCUCUGUACAUCUUUUGUAAUAUUAUUCUUGAUGUUAAUCAUAUUCAAAGUAAACUCUCCAACAAUUCUAACAUAUGGCACAUGUUAAACAUAAAGCCAUUAGGUUAUGACCUAAAUAAUUCAGUGUAUUGGUAUUUUGGAAGCAAUAAAUUAUAUAGAGAAGAUUUUGAGAACUCAUUUGAUCCAUUUACUAACUUACCUGUAGAGCAUAAUGUCCAUGGAAAAAUUCCAUAUAAACCUUAUCCAUCUGGAGUUUUUGGUUCAGGAAAAUGGAAUACAAUAUGUGAUAAUAUUGAUGAUUGGUAUUCAUUAGCUGAUAUUACCGAAUACAGUAAAAAUAUAAAUAUUAGAUAUUUACAUAAAGCAAUAUCUAAUAUUAUAGUGAAUCUUCCUAAAGUAAAGAAAAAUAAAUGCUGUUAUGUAUACAUAAAGCCUUUAAGAAGUAUUUGUACAAGAUCUCUUCGAUCUAUGGAUGUUAUAAAUGCCGAAUGUAAAAAACUGAUUACAAAUUCUAGCUUUAUUCAGCACAAACAAUUUUCACAACAUGUCAUAGAAAACCAAACCAAACAUAGAUGUGAUUCAACAAAUGUAUAUGACCAAAACCAAAAUAUCUCAUAUUCUACAAAUGUGGCCAACGAUGAUAUUUCUCAAUCUGAGAAAUUACACAAUAAGACAGAUUUAAAAUUACAAAGAAGUGGCAAUGAAAGAGUGAUUGGUAAAUAUGUGCAAAAUAAUAUAGAGUUUGAGCGUGUACUUUGUAUAAACAUUGAACGGUGUGAUCUACAAAUUCCUCAUCAUUUAAAAACCUUUAAACGUAAAAUACGAUCCUCCACAAAAAGAAUGAUUUAAAUCAUUACCCCCCUUAAAUGUAAUUUAUCUUCGUAUAAUUUUAUUUUUUUCAAAUUACUAUAUAUCAAGAUUGGAUAUAUUUUAUUUGAAGUGUUGUACUCAUUAAUAUAGUUAGUAUUAAUAUUGAUUUCUUUGAAUCUGAAUACUUGUUUUAAAAUUUUUACUCUAUAGGAUAUAGGUUUUGCUUUAUUUUUACACGUAUGAUAUUAUAUUAAGAUUAAGUUGUAUAUUUAUGUAUUCAUUGUUUACCUAAUAAAGACUUACCAAUGACAA